AUGAGACAAAACAUUGUUAAUGAAAUUAAAAGUGCUGGGAUGUUUUCUAUACAAAUUGAUACAACGCAAGAUGUGAAAGUUGAAGAUCAAUGCUCAAUUAUCAUCAGGUAUCUAACCGACUCGGUUAAAGAAAGACUAAUAGCGGUGACAAAUGUAAAAUCAUCUACAGGAGAAUCUAUGUUCCAAUUAGUCAAAGAAACUUUGGAAGUAAAUGGUGUUGAUUUAAAGUAUUGUAUUGGGUCUUCUACAGAUGGUGCAUCAAACAUGCAAGGGCGUUAUAAAGGAUUUUCUAAGUAUUUGUCAGAUGAAAAUCCAUCUCAGUUGCAUGUAUGGUGCUAUGCCCAUUGUUUAAAUUUAGUUAUGAUUGAUGUGACAGAAAUAACUAUUGAAAGUGUCAAGUUUUUUAGUCUUCUUAAUGAAUGUGCUAAUUUUUUAAGAGAAUCCUAUAAAAGAAUGGAUGUGUGGAAAGAAUUAUGUGGAAACAACAAACGAUUAGCAAAAGCAGGAGAUACAAGGUGGUGGUCUAAAGAAUCGUCGAUUACCACUAUUUUUGGCCACUUCGGUAUGCCUGAAAGUGCAUUAUAUGUUGUAUUAAUUUCAGUUAUGUCUAAAAUUGCAAAUUCUGAUAAGUUUAAUCGAGAAACACGAUAUAAAGCUAUUACAUUAAAGGACUCUUUUUUAAAAUAUAGUUUUGUCAUGACAUCACAAUUAUACUUACGAAUAUUUGAGCGUAUGUCGCCAUUGUCCAAGUAUUUGCAAACAAGUGGAAUGGACUUAGUUCAAGCAUAUAGGAUGGUUUCUAGUACUAUAACAUACUUACAAGAAAUAUCUAGAGAUUUUCAAAGAGUGAAAGAAGCUACCGAUUCAUUUAUAAUAUGGGCAGAAAAAGAAUUGGAAGAAGUAGAUUGUGACGAAAUUCUUGAAUCAAAGUUCCCAGAUGAAAGUUCAGUUCGUCGUAAAAUUAAAAAAAAAAAUGCCAGGUGA